AUGAAUUUUGAAUUUGAGAGGGAGAUUGGGUUUAUAAACAGCCAGCCAUCGCUCGCCGAGUGUCUGACUUCCUUCCCCGCUGUCUUGGAGACAUUUCAAACUUCAUCAAUCAAGGAGUCGACAUUAAUUCCUCCUCCUCCUCCUUUCGAGCAAACCUUCCCCAGCCUCCAGCCCGGCGCCUCCACCCUUCAGAGACCCGGGAGCCAAAAGCAAGCCGAAGAUGGGCCCGCUCUACCGCCGCCGCAGCUCCCCGCCGCCCCCUUGGCCCCCGAGUUCCCUUGGAUGAAAGAGAAGAAAUCCGCCAAGAAACCCAGCCAAUCCGCCACGUCUCCUCCGGCCGCCUCUUCCGUCCCUGCCUCCGGGGUCGGAUCGCCAGCAGAUGGCCCGGGACUGCAGGAGGCUGCGGGCGGCGGGGCGCGCAGGCUGCGCACGGCUUACACCAACACGCAGCUGCUGGAGUUGGAGAAGGAAUUCCACUUUAACAAGUACUUGUGCCGGCCGCGCCGCGUUGAGAUCGCGGCCUUGCUGGACCUCACCGAGAGGCAGGUCAAAGUCUGGUUCCAGAACCGGCGCAUGAAGCACAAGCGGCAGACGCAGCACCGAGAGCCGCUCGACGGGGAGCCAGCCUGCCCGGGAGCCCUGGAGGACACCGGAGAGCCCGCCGAGGAGCCCGUGGCCAGCCCCGGCUGCCAGUCGGCCUCGCGGGCGGUGCGGGACGCCUGCUCUUACCCGCCCGAGGUCGCGCCGGGGCCCCCGGGCGCCCCGGGCCGCCAGCCUUUGGCCACUCGCGUGGAGGACUCGGGUGCGCCGAGCCCCGGCUGCGCCCUGCGCGGGGCCGGCGGGCUGGAGCCGGAGCCCUUGCCAGAAGACGCCUUCCCGGAGCGGCAGGAUUCGCCUUUCCUGCCCGACCUCAACUUCUUCGCUGCCGAUUCCUGUCUCCAGCUGUCCGGAGGCUUCUCCCCCAGCCUACAAGGCUCGCUCGACAGCCUGGUUCCCUUUUCCGAGGAAGAGCUGGACUUCUUCACCAGCACCCUCUGUGCCAUCGACCUGCAGUUCCCCUGACCCGUUUCCUCCUCCCGGCCCUUUCGACCCCCGCCCCCCUCGGCUGUCUGCUGGAAAACCCGAGGACCCUCCUCCCCAAGUCCUUUAGACUUCUUUACGUGUUUUGCUACAAUUCAGGUAUUAUUGAAUUAGCGUUUAAUCCACUUCGU